AUGAUAGCGGCGAUGGCCGUCACGCGCACGCGCGCUGAGCGUCGCAAGCGCCAGAAGUUUGCGCCGCAGCAGCCGCUUGUGAUUUCCCAGAGCGAACUGGAGCUCGUCAAGGACAUUGUGUACAUCAACAAGUCAACGGAAGAUGUCAGCAGCAGCAGCUGCUGCAGUUUCGGACCCGGACGCUCUCGUCAAGUGCUGAACGAAGAGGGUAACCAGAUACUCGUCGUGGGCGUGUGUGGAGGCUCUGGCUCGGGUAAGACGACGCUCUCGCGGGCCAUCAUGGGCGAGUUUGGCGCCGACCGCGUGUCGUACCUCUCGCACGACUACUACUACAAGGACUUGGCCCACCUCACGAUGGAACAGCGUGCAAAGCACAACUUUGACCACCCCGACGCACUCGAGACGGACCUUAUGAUUGCACACUUGAGACAGCUGCGCGCUGGCAAGAUCGUGGACGUGCCCGUGUAUGAUUUUAGCACCCACUCGCGCUGCAAAGCGACGGUGUGCAUGAAGCCCAACAGCGUCGUGCUCGUUGAAGGCAUUUUGAUCUUUGCCGACCAGGCGCUCGCUGACCUCAUGGACAUCAAGAUCUUCGUUGAAACAGCUGCGGACAUUCGGCUCGUGCGUCGUAUGUAUCGCGAUAUGAACGAACGCGGUCGCACGGCUGCGUCGGUGAUGGAUCAGUACAUGAAGACCGUGCGGCCCAUGCACAUGAUGUUUGUGGAGCAGUCGAAGCGGGUCGCGGACAUCAUCAUCCCACACGGCGUCAAUUCGGUUGCUCUCGACAUGAUCAUUUCCAAGCUCCACAGCUUCACUGCUGGCCAAAGCUCAUUAGGCAGUAGCCGAUCUGGUAGCGAGCGGUCUGACUCCAUUGCAGAUGAGAAAGAAGUCGAGCGCAUCUGA